CUCAGACUGGUGAUGAAUGAAAAACAUAAUACUUGGAAACUGGAGUUGCUCACCUUGGCUCUAGUUUUCAUCUUACCUGUAGCUCAGGAGCAGAGCAGCCCAUACUGCGCCCUUCCAAGUGCUGUGUCGGCAACUUGUCAGUUGUUGCCAGCCACAGCUACGCUUCAUAGAAUGAAUUAGAUUGCAGCUCCAUGGAAACAAUAAUCCCAGCAUGCAAUGUUCGAUCUCAGAGGCUCUGCUGCAUCACAUGCUGAGAUCUUUCUGCUCCUCCUUACUACUGGUAAUGUUUGUCAUGUUGUUGAAGUAGAACUAGGUGUAUACUGGCUACCCCUGCUCUGUGGGAGGAGCUGGGGAUUGGCUGCAAUGCCAAACUGAUGGAUGCUGGGCCACUCUUCUAACUGCUGCUCAUUGCUGAAGGUUCUCAUGCAGGGCCACAAUGUCAGAUAUCAUGGUGAAUUUGAAGUCCUUUCAGUCUGAGCGUGCGGUGGAAGAACGCAAACAGCCCUUGCUGUGUUUGAGAAGCCGCUGCAAGGGGCUGAUAGUGAAUGCAUGUGCCCAUGCUGUCUUCUUCUGCAAGCUGCUCCAUGCCCUCAGAAAAAGGGCAGCUACUGGCAAACUUCCCCUUACCAACAGACCUCAGUUCUCCCCUGGUGGAAAUCAGAGGAGUGAGAGAAGAGUUCAGCCUCAGUGACCCAUUUGGUCUUUGGCUAAGAUUGUCAACAAGAAGCCAGCAGAAAGAGAGGGGGAAGGUUUCACUGAUUUCCUCCAAGGAAUCUAUGGGCAGUGAAGGCCUGAAGGUUGGAAUUAUUGGUGGAGGCCACAUUGGGAAGCAGCUGGCCAGGGCACUACUGGAGCUGAGUGGCAUUUCGUCUCAGAAUAUCCACAUCUCCACCAGGAGGCCAGAGACUUUGUCAGAGUUCCAGCAGCUGGGAGUCGAAUGUUUUUAUGACAAUGGCCAGCUUGUGGCCUGGGCAGACAUUGUGUUUCUUUGUUGCCUCCCAUCUCAUCUACAGCAAAUCUGCUCAGGAAUUCAUUCUGCACUCCGGGAACCCUGCAUCGUGUACAGUCUGGUCACUGCUGUCCCGCUGCCCAGGUUGAAGCAGCUCCUUUCCUACAGUGCCAUCCUGAGGCCACAAUACCAGUGCACUAGCAGAAACUUAAGGAACAUGUGGGGGACAAAUGGGACAAUCACAGCUGCACUCCAAGACCCUAUUGUUAUACAGGCUACCUGUCCCUGUGGUCCCAAAGAGAGAAUUGCUGUGACUGGCAAGUGGUUGGAGGCCAUUUUCUAUGCAGCCCUGAACAGCUGCAUGUGGCGGCGCCUGCCCCACCAGCGCACACUGAAGUUACUGAAUGACAUAUGUUUCCCCGAGCACUGCCCCAUCUGUGCAGAGCAGAAGACCUCCUGCCCACGGUUUGUGUGUGGGAACUUUGUCAACCAAACUUUUGUCUCCUCCCUGACUCAAGAGGACACCUUCCCCUGGUUUGACCUGACAACUGUACAAAUGAAGGAGUCUCCCUUCAGUCAGCUUCUAGCAAGGAGUGUGCUUCUCCAGAACCAUCUUACUUUGUUUUACUGUACCUCCUUUGGAGUUUUGCUUGCAAAGAGUGGAGGGAGCCAGCAGAAUUUCUUCUCUUCCUGCCACAGCAGAUCCCCGUAUGGUGCUGGGUCAUGA